AUGCUCAAAGGACCACGAGCGGCUAAGGGGUUUGUCUUUGUCACCGCCGACGCCUAUGGUCAGGCGGCUGCUGGAGAUCGUAAGCUCAUACGGAGUCACGUCAUGCGGGGGAAGAAUACCCGUACACGAGCUCUUCCUGGUCGAGUGAAGGGCCGUUCCCCGGCUACCGCUGUGGGAAACCAACGGCCGCAGCAUGCUGCAGGAGACAGUGGUUCUUUUGAAGAGUCCCACGGAGCUCAGACACGAAGUGAGCUGCUCGACUCUGACGAGGAUGCUCUGGCCCGCAUCAGACAUGCAGAAAUGGUCCCCGGUGCUGCCGACAUGUUCACUUUCAUCAAGUUCACUGAAGACAUCGAUAGUAGUUCGCGUAGCUUGCUAUGGGCAUACUUUUCGUACAUGAAAGAUGAAAUGUACCCGAUCGUGAGGUACUCUCGCCCUGACACUCCCAAGACAUACUGGUUUCACUGGGCCCAUCUCGACUUGGCCUACCUGCACUCCAUCCUUUACAUGACGAUGAUUCACGAGCUUAACAAGCAACUAUCUGAUCCGAACACUGCACUGACCGAGUCGACAACCAUUGUCGUCAUAGGCUUAGCCUUGAUCGCCGAGUCCUUUGGAGACGUAGAGUCCGCCCACAUGCACGUGAUGGGUCUCAAGAAAAUCGUCGACCUGCGUGGUGGCAUAGAAUCGUUUGCAAGUCACCCUCUGCUUCAAUCCAAACUUCACCGCAUCUGCACCGGCGCGAAUCUAACCUUUCACCAAGAUGCUGCGUCGUUCGACUCAGCUUUCGACAGUUCAUCUGAACUUGCCCGGCUCAAGCCAUCGGACGCGUCCUGCUUCUCCCGCUCGCGCUCUGUGGUACGGACUUUAGAAAGGAGGCUCUAUGCUGUCUUGAAGGAUGUCCAGGACCUCUCACAGCUUAUCAACGAUAGCCACGAUUCCGGUCACAAGAUACGGGAGAUGUCUCUCGAGGAUCUCAUAACAUACAUUCAAUCCCGGCUGCUCAUGCUCGAAUUUGAGGACAACGACAUUUUCCCCGAGCUUCUCCGGUUAUCACUCCUCGCUUUCUUGACAACUACCUUCUGGGGUUUUCCUGGUGUCAAAUUCGAGUACCCACGUCUAGCCAACCAACUCCGACAAGCUUGCAUGACCUUUACGCCCAGCACCGCUGGAGAGAGCUAUCUCUUCGCCUGGGCCAUGAUGGUGGGGGCAACGUCUGUGUCCCGAGGCACUGAUCAGACCUGGCUUCUGCAAAGACUGCGCCCUCUGAUCCGGGACAGUCUAGGGAGGACGUGGUUCGAAGUAAAGAACAAUUUGAGGCAAGCCAUGUGGAUCGAUAGCAUUCAUGACGGCCCGGGGAUAGAGGUCUUCAACCAAUGUCUUGGGAAAACAGGGGACAGAGGUAUUGUUCCGAUAUAG